AAACUCGGGUGGGAUGUCAAGCGAUAACAUUCGAUCAAAGUUCAACUAGUGACACACCUUCUCUACAGGCAAACUAUCCAGAAUGGCAUUCAAAUUUGUUGCUCUAUUCGCUCUGGUGGCUGUGGCCAGCGCUGGUCUUCUACCAGCCCAGCCAAUUGCUUACCAUACUGCCUCACCGAUCUACCACCAGCAACCGUUGGUGAAAGCUAUUGCUCAGCCUGCCUAUGUCAAGACCAUUGCCCAGCCAGCCUAUGUUCAGCCGACAUACGUCAAAGCCAUCGCUCAGCCAACCUAUGUCAAACAAGUGGAGGAAUAUGCUCCAGCUAACUACGAGUUCUCCUACUCCGUUCACGAUGCUCACACCGGAGAUAUCAAGAGCCAACACGAAACCCGCCACGGAGAUCAAGUUCAAGGCCAGUACAGCCUUUUGGACUCCGACGGCCACCAGCGCAUCGUUGAUUACACCGCCGACGAGCACAAUGGGUUCAACGCCGUUGUCCGCCGGGAACCAGCUGCCGUCAAGAUUGCCCAACCCGUUACCAAAGUUAUCGCUCAACCCGUCGCCAAGGUUAUCGCUCAGCCAGCGUAUUAUCAACAUCAUUACUAGAGAAGGGAAAAUCGACACUGUGCCAUUCAUCAUCUGAUCGUUACAUCUUAGACCAUAGGUAGUUGAAUUUUGAAAAAAUAAAAACUGCGAUUGUAAUGUAAAAAACA